AUGCAAAGCAAACUUACAAGGAAAGUGUCACAGGAAGAUAUGUAUCGACAGCAUAGAAAUAAUAUCAGAAAUGUCAAGCCAAAAGUGGAUAACAAAUCACCGUCGCUUAAAGUUACAGCGUAUUACAAGCCUGGAGUUAUUGAAGGAAACGCGGCGAAGCUAGCACAAAUAGAAGAGGACAAUUUUAAAUUGAUAACACAUAUUAACACCAUUUAUCGUACGCAGGGUAAAACUGAUUGUUUUAGAUCAAAAUUAUCGAACAGUAAAAUAAAAGUUAAAAAUAACGAGGUCAAUAUUAUCAAGUUGAACCAGGCAAAAUUGAAAGAAAACUUUGAAUUGCUAGAUAGAAUUCUUCACGUAAAGCCUCAAGUGGAUUUUAAUGAAAUGGAAGAACAUUAUAAAAAACACGUUGAGUUAAUAAUGUUAAUGAGCAAAUUUCCAGAGAGUUAUAAGAAUAAAAAAUAUCACGAUCCGCUUAUUAUAAACACCGAAUUACCGAAAAGCAUACGAAUUAAAAAAUCCAAGUGUUAUUUGGACAUCAAAGAUUUGACGGAAAAUAGAAGGCUGGGUCGUAUGACAAUUGAAGUUUAUGACAGCGUCGUUCCCAAAACAACUGAUAAUUUCAAAAUGCUGUGCCAGCAAAGGUCGGAUGAACUCGAUUACAGUGGAACGCAGAUCUUUCGCGUCGUGCCGGGGCUGUUCUGUUUGGCCGGUGACGUUGAGUACUCGAUCGGACUCGGUGGUUUGUCAGCCACAAAAGGUGAACGGUAUUUCAACGACGAGAACUACGCACUCAGCCACAACGCACCAGGUACUCUGUCUAUGUACAAUUUUGAAAAAAACGAAAACGCUUCACAAUUCAUGAUCACGUUCAAGCCACUGACGGUACUUAACGGUAGACAUGUUGUUUUUGGUAGAGUCAUUGGCGGGAUGAAGACGUUAAGACUCAUAGAGGAUUUGGGGUUCGCGACUGGUAAACCAAAACACAAAAUCGUGAUUAGUAAAUGUGGAACAUUUAACACCUGUUAA